UGAAAUGAAUCUAAGUGGAGAAGUUUGAAGGGUAGGUUUGCAGGUGUACCUCUAAGUCUAACCAUAUAUUUUAUUUGUGAAUACUUUGAUUAACCAUGCAUUUGGCUUUGUUGAUCUUCUGUUUACCAGAAUUGGCAUGAUUCAAGAUGCAUUUGAGAAGGGUCUAAUCGCACCAAAAAAGAUUUGAAAUAUGGCCAGUGAAAGUGUAGAGAUUGAUGAUGCUUGUUUAUGGGGAUCAACUAUAGAAAAGAUUUUUAUAGAUAUUAUGGUUGAUGAAGUGAAUAAAGGGAAUAUGAAAAAUGGUCAAUUUAGCUCAAAUUUAUGGAAGAAAAUUCUUGAGGACUUGCAAUGCAAAAGUAAGCGGAAUUACUCAAUGAAACAAGUUAAGCAAAAGUUUAAUAGGUUACGUACUAAGUAUCGCGAAUUUAAUGAGCUACGAAAACACACCGGAUUUGGAUGGGAUGGUCCAACACAAACUGUGGUUGCUCCAGAUGAAAUAUGGGAGAAUUAUUUGAGGGCACACCCAAAGGCGGCAAUCUAUCGCAAGAAAGGAUGUGAUCAUUAUGUAUUGUUGGAACUAAUUUUUAGCAAUAUAUCAAUUAUUUUGAAUUUCGGUAUGUAUGCUGACAUGGCACAACGGUAUUUGUGCAAAUAA